CUACGAGAAGAAGUGGUUGUAAGUAUGCGCGUGACAGAGAACGUGAGAAGAACGCUCUGUGAUUGUGAGACAGAAGCAAACGCUCCUUGGAUGUCACAGCAUCAAUAGCGCUAAUUGAGGCAUUCAAUUACUAUCUCGAACCAUCAUAUGGGACAGCAUUACAUCAGGUUUCAAGAGAGAAGCGAGCACCGAUACGAAGUUGCCUUCCUCUUGCUGCUCUUAUCGGUUCCAUGCGGAGAGUCUUCAGGGAACGACACCUUCAUGGACAAGUAUCUUCUGGAGGGGACGCCUCUCGACCUGCGCUUGUACACUUCACGGAGCGUCGUCCACCAGGGAGACAGGGCACGCUUCGUCUGUAUGGCGCUCUUGGCCGACGAAGACGUCUCUUUCCAAUGGCUUGUCGACCAAGAGGAGGUACCAUCCAGAGCCUUGUACGAAGUUGUCGAAGACUCUAACCGGAAUGUCAUCCUCGUGAAAUCGAGAAAUUACAAGAUGCGCUACAGCGCACUCCGUGUCAAAGUCGCUUCUCUAGGGUCUCACACUGUCAGCUGCCGUGUGACCACCAGGAAGGAGACCCGAACUGUCUACCAGCUGAGCAGCGCCUUCGAAGUUCAGAGCCAUAGAAAGCCCGACGGGACACCGAAUGACAACUUUCCAGGUCAUUCAAAUAUUGGCUCACUGUGUGGCCACUCUGCGCACUGUGUUGGCCAGGAUGUCAAUUGCAUGUUUGGGCUCCAAGACCUACCAAGAUGCGAAUGUGCCGCCACCACCCACCUUAAUGAUAUCUUGGAGCAGUGCAUACGCGAGCACGACUUUGACGGGUUUUGCUACUUCAAGACUCAGUGCAGUAGCUUCAGCCUCAAAUGCGACAAAGAAAAGAACCGAUGCAUCUGUCAGGACGGAUAUGAGAACGCUUCUUCGCAAUGCAUCACACACGUCGUUCGAGACGAAUUUUGCGACAACUUCCGGAUUUGCGUUGAGCCCGCCAUAUGCGUGGACAAAGUGUGCUCCUGCGCUCCCGGCUUCCACAGUUACGGCAGCGGCUGUAGGAAGAGAGGCCUUAAUCGGGCAAGCUUCGUUCUUCGGACCGUGGUCAUCGCCUGCAGCUUCGUCUUCAUUGUCGUCCUUUGUUGCAUGGGAGAAUAUUUCCGGCUGAAUAGGUACAAGCCCACCGUGCUCUAUCCUCCGGAGCAAAGGGUUCCAGGGUCUGCCAGUCAAAUGAGCUUACGAUCUUCUGCCUGCGACAUUUCUUGUCGGGAGAGCCUUCAUUCUCGGGCGCGAUCCCUCACCUCUAAGUUCCCUUCCAGAUAUAAGCGUAGAUGGAGGCAAGCCUUUACGAUGAUGUUAAUUCACAAAAGUGUUAAUGCCCCUAGUAUGUGAACUUUGAUUAUUCCGUGUAGCGUCGGACGGCAUGGUCUGUGAUACCACAAGUCAUAUUGCACUCUUCGAACGAGAUGGGCGCCUUCUGAUGGGCAGGAAGACUUCUUCUAGUGGCCGUAGUUCGUUGAAGCCCAAUUGUGUUUUCAAGAAGCAUGUUAUACCGUAAUGACAAUGUUAGCAACAUUUCCAAGUGUUCCCCUUUUUUUAGUUGAUAAAUCCUGAUAUAGUUCGUAGGAUUGACAUGCGAUUUGGCGAACUGAUUUAUAAUGGGACUGGUUCGCAAAGUGUCGGAAGGCAUAACUAAUUGAAUUGCAUUUUACAUGCAACUUGUUUCAAUGUACAUAUUUCCCUCUGAGGGAUUAUCGAUUCUGUUGUAAAUAUCUGUCUGCGACGUUUUCUGUUUCAGAAUGUGAAUUUCCACUCUGGAUCGUUUUUUUUUUUCGUAACUGGUGGGGGACCGAAAAAUAAAUAUAAGCAUGUUUUACGAUACUAUCAUGCUGAUUUCACACAAUUAAUCACCUCAUAGUUCUUCAUACUUUUCGUACUAAUUUUGGACCUACGUUCGCCGAGGAAAAGCCCGGGGUUGGCGAACAGGUAUCAAGCAAUACUGAAGUGCUACGUAAUGCGUUUGAGACAGCUUGCUUAUUACUGUCA